CCACCUGCUCACCCCCUCCCCACCCACCCACUCACUCCUCUGGACCCUCACUCCUCUCCACCACCAGUGUUUUUCUUCCCGCGGAGGAGACUGUCACAUAAAGGAAAGGAUUAUGUACUCAGUGUAACAUGCGCGGAACAGUGUUGUGAAAGUCUGAAUGGAUAUCGUAAGACCCGACUUUGAUUACUGUAUGUGAGUGACCGUCUCGUUGAAUGACCCGGGACGAGGCUGACGAGGCUCAAGCAGGAACGAACUGAGAGUGUCAGUGGUGGCGUGUUUAAGGACUCGGGAGAGGACAAGGACCAGGAUGAGGGCCGCCCGGGCACUGCUGCUGUGUUGCCUCGCUCUAGUCUCACAGAGCCGGGCGGAAGGGGACCUCAAUGCCCUGGACUCCGCCUCCCUGCCUGUGGAGCACCGGGGCGGGGAAGCCUAUGGACCGCCACUCUUGGGGCCGCCCUUGGGAGGCCCGGGACCCCUAUUAGCUGACCAAUCUGACCCUUGGCCCGUCGCUCAGCCAGACAUGAACACCAUCAAGAACCUGCAGGUACAAUGUGAAAAGUCUUUCAUGAGAGUGUCUGUGGAAUUCGACCGUCCCUUCUACGGCAUGAUCUUCAGUAAAGGGUAUUACAGUGAUCCGAACUGCGUCCACGUGCAGCCAGGCACCGGGCGCCUCCAGGCCCAAUUCGACAUCUACCUCAAUAGCUGCGGCAUGACCACCUCCUCGAGCGGGGAGAACUACGGCCAACCCACGCCCACGGGCACCUACAUCGAGAACACCGUCAUCAUCCAGUACGACCCGCUGGUGCAAGAGGUCUGGGACGCAGCGAGGAAGCUCCGUUGCACGUGGUACGAUUACUACGAGAAAUCCGUCACUUUCAGGCCUUUCCAGGUGGACAUGCUGAACGCCGUGACAGCGAACUUCCUGGGCGACAACCUGCAAUGUUGGAUGCAGAUCCAGGUCGGCAAGGGCCCCUGGGCUUCGGAGGUCUCUGGGAUCGUCAAGAUUGGGCAGACUAUGACAAUGGUUUUGGCAAUCAAGGACGAUGAAAACAAGUUUGACAUGAUGGUGAGAAACUGCGUCGCCCACGAUGGCAAGAGGACGCCCAUCCAGCUCGUGGACGAGCGUGGCUGCGUCACUCGACCCAAGAUUAUGGGCCGCUUCCAAAAGGUCAAGAACUUUGGAUCCUCAGCCUCCGUUGUUUCAUACGCAUAUUUCAAAGCCUUCAAGUUCCCCGAACAUAUGAACGUGCACUUCCAAUGUGUGAUUCAGGUGUGUCGCUACAAUUGCCCGGAGCCACAAUGUGGAGGCAUUGGCAUAGGAUAUCAGGGAGCGGGCAGCGAAACACACACCCGGGUCGUUGCCCCAAACCCCGACCCUCGCCUACCCGCCCACGCCUCGGCGCUCACUGCGCAGAGUAAAGAAGGAAUAAGUGAAGGUGAAUCUGUAGAUACUGAUCGAGCUAUUCCCGUUCCUUUGAACGUGCCGCUACAAGGGAAUAAUGUCAACUUGCCGCUCAAACCAGAAUACCCAAAAGUUAACCGUCAAGGGUCUGCGACGGACAUUGCUGGCCGACCCCGCGCCCUCAAUCAUGAUGAUAUUGACAUUCCCGAAGCCGGGCGCACGCGGAGGUCUGCAUCAUCCCACGUUUAUCGUCGUGCGGCACAAGAAAUGACCGAUGUCUCAACCGCGCGGGUCAUUCAAGUGGUGGCUCCAGGCGAUGUGGCGUUCAACCUUAACGCGGCCAACGAAACUGUCGUCUUUUCUGAACCUCUGGAUAACCAGUCCAAUAUUUGCAUGUCCGCGACCGGAUUCACGGCAGGUUUAGUAAUGAUGCUGCUGGUGCUGACCAUCGCCUGCCUGGUCGCCUGCUUCCUCUACACCCGCGUUAGGGCUUUUAAUGCAAAGGGCAAUGUCACCACCUUUGUCCAGGGCUUCGAUAACCCCGAGUUUGUAAAGGUGGCGGGCGGUAACUAAGCUACACGACCACUCACAACCCUGCAGUGUGCCAUAACGCCGCCCCGACGCCCAAGCACCUCAUUGCAGGCGCCUCCUCUGCACGCGCCUUUUCCAACUGUUCUUUAUGUGUCAGCCGCUAGCUGAUGCCCGGACCGCUGCCACCGCUGCCUCUCAGGCGCCGUGGCGGUGAGUUGGGCAGGGUGGUGAUGGCCUUUUGACUUUCGUCUGUUUAUUGGUCAUUCUUUAAUUCCUUAUUUCUCUGCCAGAAGUAUAUUUCCAAAGUUUAUUUUUUUGCAUGGCCCCUGACACUCAAUGGCUCGAGUAAAACAGUGUCGUUCUGCGGCAGAUCUGCGCCGUAGUAAUGAACCUGCCCCAUUGCCAGCGUACUUACUAACCGUUAUACAGUAACUCAAGCCAUUAUAGCUUUAUCAAUAGUUACCAAAGCCACGCUGCCUCCGCCGGUGAAGCAGCAGCUGGAGUCGACCGAGAUGCUCGAGGUCGAUUCAGCAACUUGGGGCCACCAGCUCGAGCUUGUGAUAGGGUCUUACUUUGCUCUACUUUUGUUCGUUAUUUAUAUAAGUUAAAAUGCUGUUAUUAUUAACCGGAAUUAGCUGGACUUAUUCCGUAUUAUUUACAUUUCGUUUUGCACAUGGACUCUGAGCUCAGCACAUCCUCAACCUUCGUCACCAACAUGUGCAGUGUGAGACACGUGCUUCCUCGUGCACCUGCGGGGAGUCACUUUCGUUAGGUGAUCGUGUACGAUAAAGACAAGGACGUACGCAGCCCCCACCGCGCGCCGCGCCCCCCACGGCCCCAGGGCACCGCGACCCGAAGGGAGUCCGGCUCAAGGCUUCUUAAUUAAUGUUACUGCUCUCAGGUGCCUUGAGCUGAACAAAGACUGAGUACCUUACACCUUGUGGUACUGAGCCUCGGAGGGCAAGAAGAGAGCUUGUUGUGUGAAUGGCCGGCCCUGAGGGGCGCAGGCACGCACGGCCUCCCGUGCUGGCGCGGGCUGCGGCUGUCAGUCUUUACCAAGCAUUAGUGUGUGUGUGUAUGUGUGUGUGUGUGUGUGUGUGUGUAAAAGAGGCCAACUUGCACCGGACCCCAGGAGGUUUUGCCUCUUGUCAGAGUUUACUUCAGAAAUUGAAAUAUUUCCUGUGGGUAUUUUUAAUAUUUAUUGUAAAUAUAUAAUUAUAUUUAUUAGUUGAAUGUAAUAUUUAUUUGUAAAUCUGUAAUAAAGCAACAAAAGUAA